AAAUCGUAGUACUUAGUGACAAUAAAUUAAUCAAAUUACUUAAAUUUUAAAUAAUGUUACAAAAUUUAAAUGCGUGUGAAAUAAAAAGAGUUGUGUACCUAAUUUUAUAUUUCUUACACCUCGCACCUGCAAAACAACCCGUCUUCCCCUCGUACCGUAGCGGUUUUCUGAAGGAAAACAAUAAUAAAAAGCAGCAAAUUAACCCGGCUUCCUUGGACCUCUGCUUCACUCUCCAUCUCUGAUACGAAUCCCAAUCCGCACAGAAGCCGUUUUGCCGCGCAAAUACGCGACAUGGGUUCUUCUCUUCCUUCUGAUCUCUCUCGUCCUCAUCAACUUAUCGACCUCCGCAUCGCCGUCCGAUCCUCGUUGGGCAGCUAAGAAGGAUAAGAAGGAUCCUCUCUGUUAGCUCAGGAGAGGAUCCAAAUCCACCAAAUACAACCAUGAAUACGUGGGUCUGAAUAUGUCGACAUUCGCUCCCCCGGCAUUUUCUUUUAUCUGGUUCUGUCUGCUUUAGAUGUAAUUAACCAAUCAUGGAGUCCAAUGUUUGACCUUUUAAAUGUUUUUGAAGUUUUCCUGCCACAACUGUUGCUUUAUCCAAAUCCUUCAGAUCCACUCAACGGUGAUGCAGCAUCGUUGAUGAAGAGGGACCGAAAACUCUAUGAUCAGAAGGUCAAAGCUUGAAUACUUACCACAAGACUAUAGUGGAUCCGCUUUGACACUUAUAGAAUCGUUGUCCAGCCUUGUCAUUAUGGGUAACAACACUGAAUUUGAAAUUCAAUGUCAAUGCGAGGGUUCUCUUUUUCACUUGAUUGCUAAAUGGUACAAGGGCCAGAACGAUUCGCUUUCCCAGUCGCGCCGCCAGUUCCACGUCGAGCCAGGGCCCCGCGAGAAAGCUCUCUUGGCACCGGACCCGUCUUUAAAAUGGUUCAAGUCGCAUAAGAAGGGCGUGGCUCUAGUUAAAAGACUUGGAGAUGUUCUUACCAUUGUUAUCGUUGCCGGCGCCUGCUAUGAAAUAUAUGUAAGAGCAGUAAUGCGAGAAGAGGCUAGGCAACAGGCUAAGGAACAGGCAGGGGCUUCGGGUGCAAGCGCAUAAUCAAGUGUGUGUGGGGGCGGAUUUCUUCUGGCAACCAUGUGGAAUGCGUCUAUAUGCUGAAUAAGUAGAAAACAGAUUAUCCUGAGCUGCUUUCGAAGUAUCUGUUUCUGAUCUCUAUUACGUUUUGUUUGUUAAUAAGAUUGUCAAUUCUAUAAAAAUCGUAGAACAAGAUGAAGGCAGCUGAACACUUUUUGUGUUUUUGUAAUGAAUGCUUUGCUUAAUUUUAAACCAUAAUAUCCUUCCUAA